AUGACUAUACAACAUUUCCGACGGACAGCCGAUUACCGUCUCGGCGAUAUGAGAAACGAGCCAGCUACACCAGAUGUCCUUCUCGAACAAUAUGAAAUCCAUGACUUGUUGGAGCAGUGGAAAUCCUCGUUCGAUAAAUUCGAAGAUGAAACGCCCCAAGGCCUGACACAUACAUCGUUGACGUCGCGGAUAUGGCUCUUCCAUGUAUAUGAGGUCUGCAUGGUGUUGUCUCGCGUGCAGUUCGUCACCGAUGAGACGGAUUAUGAUGCCUUCAUCCCCAACUUCACACGCAUGGUUGAGGGUGCUCGAGAGCUAGCUGGAAUAAGGGCGAGGUCAAGCCCAUCUGAAUUUCAUUUCGAGAUGGGUUUCGCACCAUAUCUCUUCUUCGCUGCUAUCAAAUGCCGCGUUUUGGAAACCCGUAUUGAGGCGCUCCGGUUAAUGGGCGUUCUUUGUGCUGCGCAAGAAAGUCUCUGGAAUAGUCAUACGCUCCAGGUCGUUGCUCAGCGAAUAGUUGAUCUCGAGCAUGGAAUAUCGGGAAAAGAUGUCGAUAGAUUUGUGACCCAGUAUGGCGUGUUACCGCCUGAUAUAAUGAGAGUCAAACACUUUGUCAUCGGGCCAGCUAAAUCAGGAUCGGAUGGUUCGGCGGGGAGAGAGUUGACCUUUUACAUGACGACGAAGGACGGCGGUCUAUAUCUGAAACGGGAGAGGUUUCCAGGCAAAGGACCGAAUGAAGCUGCUGAAGGUGCACCUGGUGUUUUUGAAGUAGAUCUUGAGAUGGACAAACUAAGUUUGUCUGAGAUAGCAACUUGGAGUAGCACGAGAUCAGGCAGUGUUUAA